AUGUGUGGAAUUCUAGGCUUAAUUCUCGGCGAUAUCGACGACCCGACCUCAACGACCGCGGCAGCAGACCUGCACGAUGCGCUCUACUACCUCCAGCACCGAGGACAAGAUGCCUGCGGUAUCGCGACCUGUGCUUCUGGGGGAAGAAUAUACCAAUGUAAGGGUAAUGGCAUGGCAUCGAAGGUUUUCUCGGAUGGAUCUCGAGUUCAGGACCUUCCUGGUUUCAUGGGCCUAGGCCAUUUGAGAUACCCAACUGCCGGUAGCAGCGCAAGUGCUGAGGCCCAGCCUUUCUACGUCAAUAGUCCUUACGGUAUCACUUUUGCACACAAUGGAAACUUGAUCAACGCUGAAUCACUGAGAGAGUAUUUGGAUAAGGAGGCUCAUCGGCACAUUAACACCGACAGCGAUAGUGAAGUCAUGCUUAACAUUUUCGCUGCUGAGCUCAACGUAACUGGCAAGGCUCGUGUCAAUGACGUUGAUCUCUUCAAGGCUUUGACUGGCAUGUACGAAAAGUGCGUUGGUGGAUGGGCUUGUGUGGCAAUGCUGGCUGGUUAUGGUGUACUUGGCUUUCGUGAUCCUUACGGAAUCCGGCCACUUGUUCUUGGUUCUCGCCCAUCCGGUACAGUCCAUGGAGCUAUUGACUACAUGAUGGCCUCUGAGUCGGUUGCUCUCCGUCAGCUUGGUUUCUCGGACAUCAAGGACAUCUUACCUGGGCAGGCAGUCAUUCUUCGCAAAGGAGGAAGUCCAAUCUUUCACCAAGUUCACAAACAACUUGCAUACUCUCCUGAUAUUUUCGAAUACGUGUACUUUGCACGUCCUGAUACAAUAAUCGAUGGAAUCAGCGUCCAGGCUAGCCGUAUGAAUAUGGGUUACAAGUUAGCGGAAACUGUCAAACAAACUCUCGGCCAGGCAGCGAUCGACGAAAUUGAUGUUGUUAUCCCGAUCCCCGAAACUUCUAAUACCUCAGCCGCUAGUCUCUCUGAGCGAUUAAAAAUUCCAUACUGCCAAGGUUUCGUCAAAAAUCGUUAUGUUUUCCGAACGUUCAUUAUGCCAGGUCAAGGUGCCCGACAAAAGUCAGUUCGACGGAAGCUAAGCGCUAUACCCUCGGAAUUCGCUGGACGUACAGUUCUACUUGUUGACGAUAGUAUCGUGAGAGGCACAACAAGCAGAGAGAUUGUUAGUAUGGCAAGAGAAGCUGGAGCUAAGAAGAUUAUCUUUGCCUCGAGCUCUCCACCUAUCACACAUGCACAUAUCUAUGGUAUCGAUCUUGCGUCACCAAACGAACUUGUUGCACAUAACAGAGAUCGUCGAGACAUUGCUAGACACAUUGGCGCCGAGGAAGUAAUCUACCAGUCACUUGACGACCUAAAGGCCGCGUGUGCAGAGCUCUCACCUAGGGGUCCUACACAGGAGUUCGAAGUCGGUGUAUUCUGUGGAAAAUAUGCGACCCCAGUGACGGAGGAAUACUUCGAGCAUCUCGAGCGGAUUCGUGGCGAGAGUAAAAAGCUCAAGGUGUUGCAAGGAGCUAAGGAGAUGCUCAUGACUGGACAAGCUGGAGAGACGGAGCUUGAGCUGAUCACAAAGGGCGCGGCAGUCGCAAAAAAUGGCCAAGUGAUUCCUGACCUUGCGAAUGGAACCAAUGGCAAUUCAUUCAAAGAUGACAUUCACGGUCAUGCCAGACGCAAAAGAGAGAGAGAUAACUCAAACACGCCUCCUGUGAGGGAUCGUGAAGAUAUCAGCAUGCACAACUUUGCCAAUGAACCACGAAACGGAUGA